AUUUACCCCCCCCCGCCCCCCCGCCGUUCGUGAUGUGGGCGUAGGGUUACUUUUCGUAUUGACUUAGGAAAGCACGUGCUCUCCAAACUGGCUUUUGCGCUGUCCCUGACAUCGUCAGCGAUUCCCUGUCAUCGUAAAUGAUGCGUGGCCGAAGCGACUGAAAUGUUUUAAAAGCCGGAUGCUUUCAGGAUGAUGUAGUCUUGUCAGUUUAAGUGGCUUUGGGGUAUAAUUUUGUGUGUGUGUAACGACUUGAAAAAAAAAAAUUCCGGCAAGAGACAUGUAAUGAAUUUAUGUAGGAUUUCAGCGUCAGUAUUGAAGUAAUCAGAUUUCAGUGGUUGGCGCAGCCUCGCAAGUAAAUGGCCCCUUAUCCACGAGGUUGCGGUCUUAACUGUUCCUUUUGAACGAGUUCUCUAGGAUCAGCUGACUGCUGAUUAUAAUUCGCACUAGACGACGUAGGGGUUGUGUCCUUAGUUGAUAAGCAGAGAUUAGAGCUAACAUUUAACAUUCUGCCCCGUAGCAAGUUUUCUCUGCUGCUUUUUGGAUCAUUCUGUUCAAAUUAAACUCAUCUCUGUCUAGAUGAGUAGUAUUGCUUGGUGCAUAACAUAAAAACAUUAUUUCUGGUAGUAACACGUAUUAGCUUAUAUACAUUAUGUAUAUGUAAUCAUGCUUUACAACUGCUUAGUAUGAUUACAAAGUUGGAAAAUUGGAAACAGUAAUACUGGGCAAAGUUGAGUAAUGGUUGUUUGCCAGACUUGUUUCAAAUCAUCUACACGCUUUACCUCAUUUAAUCUUUGGGAUAACUUUUUGCAUAAACAGAGGUUACUCUGAAGUACUUCAGUACACGAGUUUGAUUUGAAUGUGUCCAAGUGGUGAAUAUGUACAUUAAUUGCUUCUGUUUCUGUUUUUCGUAAAACAAGGGUGUUGGCAAUAUAAAAUGACUCAGAGUAAAUGUGUUUUUCAAGUUGGAAGGUGGCUUUUCAAUUGCAUGGAAUUGCAGUUAGUCCCUUUAUUGGAGUAUUCAGUUGUUUCCAAAGCCCUGUGUCUCUUUUGUUAUCAAAGUUCCCAUUACAUGUCAUUGUCACUCAAUCAACAGGCUGUGCUUGGACGUUCAGAAAAAGUAAAUGUUGGGAAAGCCUUAAUUGCUCCUGGUGAAAGGUCUCCUCUUACCCUGUUUAGUCUCUUAGUGACAUUCCUAAUUAAAAGGUUAACAAAUGACAUACAGGAAGGGUGAUUUUCCAGUACCAAACCAAGGGAAUAAAAAGCAGUGGGUUGACUGUUACUUUGUUGAUGAGUCUAACAUUCAUGGGUACAUGAAGGUUAGGAAUGUUAUGUGAUCUAUGUUGUAGGGGUUCUAACCGCAUUUUUUAGUUUGCCUUUGAAUGUCUUAAACAUAUUCGAAUCCAGUACUUUGUGCAUUAAGGAAUUUUUGACUGGAUUUAAUUGAGUAGUUUGGACAUCAAUUGAGUAGUUUAUUCUGGGUCUUCCCUGGCAGUCUAGUGGUUAAGACUGUACUUCCAGUGCUGGGGGCAUCGUUUCCAUCGCUGGGCGGGCAAGUUGUGCAGGGCAACCAAAAAAAAAAAAGAUUAUUCUGUUUCCAGGGGCGAUGGUGGGAUCCAGCAGUGUGCAUCCUAUGAGAGUCGAAGCGGUUGAAAGGCCUGCAGAGGAUGAGGGAAGCUCUCAGAAACAUGUCUUAUUUGUGAUGAGAGCCUGUUGGACUCAACCCAUCUUUGUAUAGUGGUCCGCCAUCAGUAAGGGGUCUGAGAACGCUUUUGCCAGUCGAUAUGUAUGAGAGGUUCCUUUACCCAAAGGCAUUCUCUUCCGGGAGGAGAUGAGUGGAGGUUUGGCAUCAGUGGAAGGAUGUAGAAGACAAAGGUGCAAGUGUUAGUCCUUCCGCCCGUGGUGACUGACUGAUUCCUGCCACCACAUGCAUCUUCAGGCCCUUCCCUGGGAGAGGUUUGAUGUCUGCGGGCAGGCGCUAGUAGAGGAGAGAAGGGAGAGGGUGAGAGGAGCCAGAGGCCAGGGCUUUACGAACGGGCUUCCGUUUGGACCUCCACGGCCUCCGCAAACCUUCCCAGCAACACUGACUGUGUGUCUGUAAACCUCUUAUAUGGUAUUUGUGUUCAGAAAUAAUAGAGAAUGUCUCUUUAAUGUGCUUCAUAAACAGUGGAGCAUAUUGAGAGUACAGAACAGGAAAAGUUGUUAACUUCUGUGGGUUUGCCAUUGUUGGAAGCCGGAGCGACCGUAAUGCCAGCCUUGGCUCCUGUCUGUGAGGUGCUGAAGCGGUGUUGUGUUUCAUCCGAGAGGAGAACACGCCUUCCUCCUUACUUCAGAGCUCAGCUGUCAUGUGGAGUGAGUGCCCUUUUAGGUCCUGCGGUGCUGGGGGCUUUUCUAGGUCCCUCGUGGCCGUAUCUCGGCCUGCGUAAGGUGUGCAGUGAAUGUUUGUGGAAUGAACAGGUAUGCCGGAAUCCGCUCUGUGUGCCCGCCUCUUGUGGAAGUUCCACUCUCCUCCAGGGGCAGGGAGGGUCACUGCAGGCUCGCCCUCUCCACGGCCCCAGCUCACAAGGAGCCCUUGGCAUUCAAUCUUUUAUGGCUUUAUAUUGUUGUAGGAGUGUUUCCCUGUGUUUUGUUUCCCCACCCAAAAUACAGGCUGUUUGAGGGUAGGGAAUACAUGUUUGUACAGGUCUGUGUUUGAGAACUUCCUUGUUCAUCUGGUAUAACAAUCUAUACCAAGUAGGAUCAUUUUUACCUCUUGAGUGACUAGUAGGUGCCAUGGGGAAAUGUCAGAAAUACUCAAGAUGUGGUCUCAGGCCUCAAGUGGGUAAACAUUGAGCAAACAUUGUGUACACAUGUGGAACAGUUUGAGAACUUGGAGUUACAUAAAGCAAAUAACAAUAGCUACUCUUGAUGGAGUGCCUAGAAUGUGCUUUUGCAUCUAGAUUUAUUUGACUCUCACAACAACCCUGUUGUCCCAUUAUAGCCCCAUUUUUUACAUGGAGAAACUGAGGCACAGAGCGAUUCAGCCACGUACCUGAGAUCACAAUACGAGCAAUAAGCCAGGGAGACGGGAUGCGAACCCCAGGCAGCCUGGCUCCGAAAUCAGGGUGGAUUCUCCCCGGAGCUUUACUUUAUCAAAGAUAGAAGAGAGAGCUAGAACUUGACCCUAGUUUCUCAGCUGUACAAACUCUUAAAAAUUUCAGAGUAGCAUUCACGGUGGCAGUGACCCUCAGCUACAGAAGCAAUGCCGGAUUUUCCAGGCAGAAGAGGUUGAUAAUGAAAUGGUUGAGGGGACUCUCUUUUGAUGUGACUGGAAGCACCGAGAAGAGAAACUGGACUUUGCAUUUCAAAGCUGAGUGAGGAGCAGAGCUCUUGCUUGGUAUACUCCUGUUGAGUUCUAGGACAGUGAUUCACAAGGACAGAGGGCCGUGACUGUUUAGGAUACUAAUUCAGUGUCUACUCAUGUGAAAUAAAACAGUACUGAAUGAACUCGUUACUACCUUUCUUUUUAAAAACACUUUUAAACCCCUAGUGAAUGUAACUUACCAGGAUGGGAGUGUCACGGAAGGCUUCCGGUGCCCAUCUGUCCGGUUGCCUGGUCCUUAUAUGAAAUCUUGACCCACUUCUUCAGCUUGUCUUGGACAAUCGAGCACACUUUUGGGGCCCGGAGGCCUCUUCCAGCCAAGUUGUAUUUCUCUGGUGGAUUAAAAAAAAAAGUAAAACAGCACUGUUGGUUUGGUAACAGACCUGGAGUAAGGUCACUUGGAAGCCACAUGAACUUGGAUGAGGGCCCGCAAACAGAACGCAGCAAGAUGCAGGAAAAUGGUAUUCUUCGAAAGCCCAGUUUUAUGUCCCUUUAGUUGGGAGACGACAGUGUUAUUUUGGGGGUGUUGGGCGCCAACAGAGUCCGCUGAACCCACGUGACCCGGCCGAUAGGGAGCACCACCACUGGCCCUGGAACCCGAGGAAGAGGUUCCCUGGAGCAGGCCCGGGCCCGGUUAGCAGCUCUGCAGGGUGUCUUACCUUGGAAACAGCACAGUUUGGCUUCCACGUCUUCUCUGAGCUUAGAGAAUCCUCUUUUCACCAUGUCGUCAGUAGGGACAGAAAACCAGGAGGAACCCUCACAGCUUCCCCAGAUCAGGAGGGAAAAUAUGGAAUGUGUUUUACCGCUGACUGAACACAACCCAAUGAACUGUCCUGACAGUAGUGUGAAAACCAGCAGUUAGCAGUUUGUGCGGCCCCAACAUCACCCGGCACUUUCCAGAGCAGACUCACUGUUCACAGGACCUCUCAGCCUCAGGCCCUGUAGGACCUCACGCUCGGCCAGUUUCAGAGAUUUCCGCACAAGAAAAGCACCCGGCACCCCGCGUCCACAAUGGCGAUGGACGAGUACCUGUGGAUGGUCAUCUUGGGUUUUAUCAUAGCUUUUAUCUUGGCGUUUUCUGUGGGUGCCAAUGAUGUUGCCAAUUCGUUUGGUACUGCCGUGGGCUCGGGCGUGGUGACCUUGAGGCAGGCCUGUAUCCUGGCUUCCAUCUUUGAAACCACCGGCUCGGUGUUGCUGGGGGCCAAAGUCGGAGAGACCAUCCGGAAGGGCAUCAUUGACGUGAACCUGUACAACGACACCGUGGAGACGCUGAUGGCCGGGGAGGUCAGUGCCAUGGUCGGCUCAGCUGUCUGGCAGCUCAUUGCAUCCUUCCUGAGGCUCCCAAUCUCGGGGACUCACUGCAUCGUCGGGGCCACCAUCGGGUUCUCCCUCGUCGCAAUUGGUACCCAAGGUGUGCAGUGGAUGGAGCUGGUCAAGAUUGUUGCUUCUUGGUUUAUAUCUCCACUGUUGUCUGGUUUCAUGUCUGGCGUGCUGUUUGUACUGAUCAGAAUGUUCAUCUUAAAAAAGGAGGACCCCGUCCCCAACGGCCUCCGGGCGCUUCCCGUGUUCUACGCCGCCACCAUCGCCAUCAACGUCUUCUCCAUCAUGUACACCGGAGCCCCAGUGAUGGGCCUGGUCCUCCCCAUGUGGGCGAUCGCCCUCAUCUCCUUCGGGGUCGCGCUGCUGUUCGCCCUCUUCGUGUGGCUCUUCGUGUGUCCGUGGAUGCGGAGGAAGAUAACAGGCAAAUUACAAAAAGAAGGUGCUUUAUCGAGAGUCUCUGAUGAAAGUCUCAAUAAAAUUCAGCAAGUGGAGUCCCCAGUAUUUAAAGAGCUGCCGGGUGCCAAGGCUCACGACGACAGCACCGUCCCCCUCACGGGCUCAGCUGCGGAGCCCUCGGGCACCUCAGAAAGCAUGUCGGGGGGUCACCACCCCCGGGCCCCAUAUGGCCGGGCGCUGUCCAUGACGCACGGCACCACCAAGUCGCCCGUGUCCAACGGGACCUUCGGCUUCGACGGCACGGCGCGGACCGACGGUCACGUGUACCACACGGUGCACAAGGACUCCGGGCUCUACAAAGACCUGCUGCACCGCAUCCGUGACGAGCGGCCGGCCGACGGGGCCCCGCGGCAGCUGCGGCGCAAUAACAGCUACACGUGCUACACGGCGGCCAUCUGCGGGCUGCCCGGCCUGGCCACGCGCCAGGCCGAGGAGGGCGGCGUGGAGGUCCGGCUGGCGCCCCAGCUGGCCGAGCCCGAGCCGCCGCGCGACGACCCGGUGGACGAGGAAAAGGAGGAGAAGGACUCGGCCGAGGUGCACCUGCUCUUCCACUUCCUGCAGGUCCUCACCGCCUGCUUCGGCUCCUUUGCGCACGGCGGAAAUGACGUGAGUAAUGCCAUCGGGCCCCUGGUGGCUCUGUGGCUCAUUUAUGAACAAGGUGCAGUCCUGCAAGAAGCGGCGACUCCCGUCUGGCUGCUGUUUUAUGGAGGGGUUGGAAUUUGUACAGGCCUCUGGGUGUGGGGGAGACGAGUGAUCCAGACCAUGGGGAAGGACCUCACCCCCAUCACGCCUUCCAGCGGCUUCACCAUCGAGCUGGCCUCGGCCUUCACCGUGGUCAUCGCCUCCAACAUCGGGCUGCCAGUCAGCACCACGCACUGCAAGGUCGGCUCGGUGGUGGCGGUGGGCUGGAUCCGCUCGCGGAAGGCUGUGGACUGGCGCCUCUUCCGCAACAUCUUCGUGGCCUGGUUCGUGACGGUGCCCGUGGCCGGGCUGUUCAGUGCUGCUAUCAUGGCGCUCCUCAUGUACGGGAUCCUUCCAUUCGUGUGAUCGCUCCUUGGCGGCCGGCAAAUGAGGGACGGUCCAGGGUGUGUGCAUGGGUGCUGUGGGCUCACACCCGCACGCACACGCUGUGCCCGUGCGCGGGCUGCCCGCCGGCCAGCGCCUCCACGCCCCUCUCAGAUGUUCCAGACCACACUGUCCACCUAGGUGUAGCGUCAUCAUCCAGAGCUAACUUAACUACUGUACAUAAUACUGUGCAUUCAACUGGUAUUGUGGCGACAUAACAUGGUGCGGUUACUUAUAUAUUAAAUAUAUAUUGUAUACAUAGAAUAAUAGCUAGUAUUAUUUCAGAGAUGCUCGAGAUGGGAGUGGAGCUACCUGCCUAGAUUUCAAUAUUCAACAAAUCUUUGUACAUACCGAUUUCAGCAGCAGAUUUUAAGAACCUUUUAAAAGGAAAAUGUAGAUUGGAAGACGGUGUUUUUUUCCCCAUUUAAUAUACUGUAAUGUAAGUGAGAUGCAGGAUGAAGGAGGCCCAUUUGGGAAGGUGUAUGUGUGUCCGUGUGCUGUUGACUCAUACUGGAACAGGAGUUCACAAGUGCUUUCACUGAAGAAUUUGUUCAUAUACUGUGUAUUGAUUAUGUAAUAUAUCAUGAAUUGCUUCUGUAAAUACUUAAAACUGUAAUUUUUUAAUGGUGUGCUUCCCUUAUACUUUUUUGAUCAGAGAAUUUUGGAAAGUACCAAAGAAGCAGCGGAAUAGUUUGCCAGUAUUAUAUUUUCAUACUGUUUGUGUCCCCCUCCCUUCUCAAUAAUCCCAACAUCAACCCUGGGAUGUGGCGCGACCACCACGUGGAGCAGGGUGUAUGCUGAGACACCAGCCCCCGCCACGGGCACGCCCCUCUUCCAGUCCCCCCAACACACCCCCCACUGCUGCCCAUGCCAGAUCCUGACCCCUCGAUGCUGUCAGCAUAGAGGUUGUACGGACGUGAUUGAGCACUACAUGUCAAGUCCAGUUUAAACUCCUGCCCCCCGCCUCCCCUGCAGCCUGAAGAAUGGGACUCUGACCUCAAUCAUGAGGCAAGUGCUUUGGCCUUCUAGAAAUUCGGGAGUGGGGAGGGUUGACCUGUUAAGACAAUACACUGGACUUGAGGACUUCUUUGAGGCCUUCAUGGAGCAGAGCAUCCUGGUUGCUCUGCUGUGGUCCCCACUGGAGUCUUCUCUUUUUUUGAUAGCGGGAGGAAGUACGACUAAUGCAAGAGCCUGAAAACUGUGGAAAUGCUGCUAAAACUUUUAUAUUGACAAACACUUUCUCGGUACUUCAUUGUGAUUUUUCAUUAAUCAACCAUAUUAAAUUUAUAAUAAAAAAUGCCCCUCAAAA